ACCCCUUCCCACUUUUUAUAUAGUAGACCGCUAUCAAAUGAAGACCCAGAGAAUGUAGAAAUAAACAUCAUAAAUAAUAUGGCAUGAACCACCGCUCCAUCCGCUGUUCGAAACAUAGACUGGGAUUCGCCAGGAGGGCCGCUGUUUUGUCCGUUUCCAAAUUGGGCGGAGGAUCACCGAACUCUAUAGUAGCAGUCAAGUAUAUAAAACCCUCAUCAUCGGUUUCAGGUUUUCCCUUCACUCUCAUUAUGUCUCUCAACAAAGUCUUCAAGCUCAACACCGGCGCCUCUAUCCCUGCCAUCGGUUUGGGAACUUGGCAAUCCAAGCCCGAAGAAGUCUACAACGCUGUCAAGACUGCUAUCAACGCUGGCUACCGUCAUAUUGAUACUGCCUAUGCUUAUGGCAACGAAGAUGCCGUUGGCAGAGGUAUCAAGGACGGUUUGAAGGAGGCUGGUCUCAAGCGUGAGGAUGUCUUCGUCACCACCAAGUUGUGGUCCACCUUCCAUCGUCCCGCCGAUGUCCAGAAGGGUAUUGAUGAAUCCUUGGCCAGCCUUGGUUUGGACUACCUCGAUCUUUAUCUCAUGCACUGGCCCGUUGCCUUGACCCCAGGAAAGGGCAGUCUCUUCCCUCGCCACGAGGAUGGUACCCGCGAUCUCGAUGCUGAGAUCAACGGUGACUUCACCAUCACCUACGGCGCCAUGGAAAAGCUCCUUGAGUCCGGCAAGACCAAGGCCAUUGGUGUUUCCAACUUCUCCACUCACAACUUGGACGUCUUGCUUAAGUCUGCCAAGGUCGUUCCCGCCGUUAACCAAGUAGAACUUCAUCCCUACCUUCCCCAAACCAAGCUCCUCGAGUACUGCACUGCCAAGGGUAUCCAUCUUACUGCUUACUCUCCUCUUGGAUCCACUGACUCUCCCCUUCAAAAGGAGCCUGUUCUUAUUGAGAUUGCCGAGAAAAACAACAAGUCGGUGGCUCAGACUUUGAUUUCAUGGGCCGUUCAACGCGGUACUAGCGUUUUGCCCAAGAGUGUCACCCCCAGCCGCAUUGAGGCCAACUUCCAGGAUUACAAGCUCUCUGAUGAAGACUUUGCCAAAAUCAACGAGAUCUCAUCCAAGCACAGCCAGCGUCUUGUUUCGCCCGAUUGGGGUGUCACUGUCUUCCACGACGACCAAUAAGUAGAUGGAAAUUGUUACAUAUUAAAAAAAGAGAUCCAAGAUUUUACAGUAUAAAUAAACCCCCCAAUUCACACAUCCAUAAACCCGCC